GAGGUCUUACAGUUAUACUUUGCCCGUUUUGCUGCUUCGCGGCUACACGUGCGAAGCCGGGUCACGCGCUGCAACGUAUAUCCGUAUCGGAGUGCAACAUCGAUAAGAAAUCCGUCACGACGAGAGAGCCGUGCUGAUUCAGUUACGUCAACGAACAAUGGCGUCGUACAACAUAUCGGUGGGGCCGAGUUGCCCGGGACCCUAUCUGGGCCCGAGCCUUAGCACGCUCUGCGGAGGAUCGCAGUACUUAACCUUUAUGACGCUCAUAGAUGCGUUUGUACGGUCUCAAGAUAUUAUAUCUCAAUCGUGCGAGCGUAUAAGACCGGUGGAUCCACCCGCACACUAUUACGACUUCAUCGUUGUGGGCGGAGGAUCAGCCGGUGCCGUGGUGGCGUCUAGACUGAGCGACAUACCCGAAUGGAAAGUUUUGUUGCUAGAAGCCGGCCCGGACGAGCCACCGGGUGCCGAGGUUCCCAGUAUGGUGGCAAUGUUUCUGGGAACUAACAUUGACUGGCAGUAUAAAACCACGAACGAGAUGAACGCUUGUCUGUCAAGCGGCGGAUCCUGCAGUUGGCCACGCGGCAAAAAUCUAGGCGGAACAUCUGUCCACAACGGCAUGAUGUACAAACGGGGUAACGCGAAGGAUUUUGACAAUUGGGCGGCCAUGGGAAAUGCCGGCUGGAGUUGGCACGACGUGCUGCCGUAUUUCAAGUGCUCCGAAAACAACACGGAGAUCCAUCGGGUGGGUCGGAAAUAUCAUUCGACCGGUGGUUUGUUAACGGUUGAACGGUUUCCGUGGAAACCUGCAAUCACGGACGACAUCCUCGCGGCGGCGUCCGAAAGAGGAUAUCCGAUUAGCGAGGACCUGAACGGCCACCAAAUUACGGGAUUCUCUGUGGCGCAAACCAACAGCAAGAAUGGGGUUCGUGUGAGUAGCGCCGCGGCAUUUCUGCGACCGUUUCGGCACCGACGCAAUUUACAAAUCGCCCUAAACGCUACCGCCACGAAGAUCAUCAUCGAGAAUCACAAGGCCGUCGGCGUCCAGUUCUAUCAAGACGGUGAACUUCGAGUUGCCCGCGCCACAAAGGAGGUAAUCGUCUCCGGUGGUGCCGUAAAUUCGCCUCAACUGUUGCUGCUCUCCGGAAUCGGGCCGAGUGAUCAUCUGCAAGCGAUGAACGUCACGGUCGUCAAGAAUCUUCCAGGUGUCGGGGAGAAUCUGCAUAAUCACGUGUCGUACACUUUAUCGUGGACCAUCAAUCAGCCGAAUGUGUACGAUCUGAAUUGGGCGGCUGCCACGGAAUAUAUCGCCUAUCAAAAGGGACCGAUGUCGUCGACGGGUUUGUCGCAAUUGACCGCGAUGCUGCCGUCAAUUUACACGACUCCGGAUCAUCCCGACAUCCAAAUGUUCUUCAGCGGUUAUCACGCGGCCUGCUCACAAACUGGAGAAGUCGGCGCCCUCAUAGACAACAACGGUCGCAGCAUCCGCAUGUCGCCGACGAUGACGCAACCGCGUAGCAAGGGACGUCUUCGUCUCGCGAGCAACGAUCCUCUCGCGAAGCCGAACAUGUGGGGAAAUUAUUUGAGCGAUCCGAUGGACGUGGAGAUCCUUGUGGAGGGUAUCCAAGUUGCGUUAUCUCUCGCCAACACUAGUGCCAUGGCCAAGUACAACAUGACAUUGAACAACAAACCGUUAUCCGCGUGUUCCGGAUAUCAGUUCCUGAGCAAAGACUAUUGGGCAUGCGCGGUGCACCAGAAUACCGGUCCGGAGAAUCAUCAGGCGGGCUCCUGCAAGAUGGGACCGGCGUCCGAUCCUAUGGCCGUGGUCGAUAAUCACUUGAGGGUUUACGGCAUAAGAAAUCUCCGCGUGGCCGACACGUCCAUUAUGCCGCAGGUAACGUCCAGCAACACGGCAGCACCGGCCAUGAUGAUUGGCGAAAAGGCGGCCGCGUACAUCAAGUCCGACUGGGGCCGUCACGGUACACAAUGUGCCCGCACGACCAUCGAAAGUUCACUGGACCUAUUGCUUUGGGGGAUCAAGUUUAUCGACUGGGAUCAGGCUAUAUGGUAACCAUGGGCGUCCACGAUCUAUCUAGUCUCUUAUGAGCCAUUUUCUGCAGCGCCUAAGAAGGUCGAGAACCAAGGACUCUCCGUAAGAUUCGAAAUUACAUCGCAACGUGUAAUUAUUGUUGUUAAGAGAUAGAGAGUAAGACAGAAAGUCAAUUCAAGACAGGUCUCGCUGUAU